AUGUCCUCACCAUUUGACGAAGAUGCCAUGAGCCAGCUUCAGUCUCAACAAUCGGAGCUACUAGACAAGAUUGACGAGCUGCGCGCUAUAGGCGUUGGGGGUCUCGUUGAGCUUCCCCAAAUCAUUGUCUGCGGUAAUCAGUCCAGUGGUAAGAGCUCUGUACUGGAAGCUAUCUCCCGGGUGCGCUUCCCUGCCAAGAGCAAUGUCUGCACUCGGUUUGCGACCGAAGUUGUUCUUCGUCGAAGUCCACGGGAGACAAUCGGUGUAUCCAUUGAGCCUGGGAGCUCUAGGAUAAAAGAGGAGGAACGACAGAAAUUGAGGGACUUCACCUCCGGGGCCUUUUCCUCCAGUGGAGAUCUUCUCACGUUAAUCGACCAAGCAAAGGAGUGUAUGGGACUUUCUAGUGUCGAUCCACCCAACUCAGGGUUCAGCGAUGAUGUGCUGAAAGUCGAAAUCUCGGGCCCGGAACAGCCAGACCUGACUCUUGUCGACCUUCCAGGGCUCUACUCUUCCCAUAGUAAAGAGCAAAGUGAGGAAGGAAGGUUGUUAGUUGAGAGAUUGACUGAGAAAUACAUGAAAAGCUCCCGGAGUAUCAUUCUGGCUGUGAUCAGUGCGAAGGCCGACUACCAUAUUCAACCAGUUUUGAAUGUCGCAGAGCGCUUUGACCCUAAGCACGAGAGAGUCUUGGGGAUUAUCACGCAGCCCGAUAUUCUCGAAGCCGGAUCGGACGAAGAAGAGGACUAUAUACAGUACAUCAAGAACGAGAAAGUCAAACUGCAACUUGGGUGGCAUGUGCUGCGCAACCGGUCUUUUGAGACGCGCAACGUCUCUGAUGAUGAGCGAGAUUCCCAGGAGAUGGGAUUCUUUGAAAAGGGACGAUGGAAAUCCCUCUCUCGGGAGCAAGUUGGCAUCGAAAGCUUGAGGCGUCGCCUCAGCAACAUCUUACUUACUCAUGUCCGUCGCAACCUUCCCGGUCUCAUUGCAGAUAUACAAGAGAGGAUUUCGCAGAAUGAACUGGCCCUAGCAAAGAUGGGGACAUCGCGUACAACUCUUCAUGAGCAACGGCAGUUUCUUAUCAACAUUAGCAGCAGAUUUGCGCGCAUCACAAGUGAGGCUUUGAAUGGAUCAUAUACCGAUGCUUUUUUCGGUGGAUUCCAAGAUCAGUCUACAAACAACGGUGAAUUUGCUUACCGCCGGCUGCGGGCGGUCAUUCGGGAGCUCAAUGAGAAUUUUGCAGAAGCUAUGGAGCUUCGUGGAAGUCGAGUGUAUAUUACAGGCAGUGGAUUUGGAGCCAGAUUAGAUGACUUCCAGCUUCAGCAGGCGAGUAAGAGGCCCUAUAUGAAUGGUUGGAAGCCAGAAUACGUUUACCCGGAGGAUCUCGAGGAAGAGAUCAAGAAGUUGGCUCGCGAAAGUCGAGGACUCGAGUAUCCAGGCAGCCCAAAUCCGCUGCUUGUGGGAACCAUGUUCCGCCAUCAGAGUGAACCUUGGGAGGGCAUCGCCAAGGAUCACAUAAUGAACUCCUGGGCUUCGGUCGAGUUCUUUAUUCAACUGGUGCUGAGAGAUAUCACAGACGAACUUACCCUGCCUUUACUCAUGAGACACCUAAUUUCGCCGGAGUUGGAGGGUAUGAAGGAAUCCUUGCUGAAAAAGCUCGAAGAGUUGACUUCGUACAUCAAAAGUGGCCAUCCACUACCCGUGGGGAAACCGUUUCUUUCUGAAAUCAAGGAGUCCAGAGCAAAGCGACAACUUGCUGUUCUUAUGCAGCAACUUGGCUUUUCGAAGCCUUCUUUGGGGCCUGACGUUCUAGGAAAAGAGAUUGAUGUCCAUGAUCUAGAACGUGCGGCAUCUGUAUUGCAGACUUCCAGUGAUCAGUAUGCGGUGACAGAGAUUGUUGCUCAGAUGCAGGCAUAUUAUGAUAAUGCAAUUUUGACUUUCAUCGAUAACGUCGCCAUCCUAGCAAUCGAGAAUUGCCUUCUCCGCCCCCUAGAGCACAUAUUCACCGGCCAAGUUGUACUUGAGCUGGAUGAUAACGAAAUUAGCAAGAUUGCAGCUGAGCCAUCAACCACUCAGAAAGAUCGUGAACGCCUUACCGACGAGCUCGAAAAGCUACGGAAGGGAAAGCAGACAUUGAAUGCCUUCAGUGCAGAUGGGUCAUCACUACGCGCGCCUCCUACCUUAGGUAUCAGUAUUUGA